UACAGAGAGACAGCGGCGAGGAGGUAGCAUAUCGCAUCAGGCGCCGUUUUACAUCCAAAAAAUCUUGACGCGGGUCAAUCGCCACAUCGGCUGCUGCUGUGAUCGCCGAGCCCUCUCCCCGGUCACAGCUCUUCUCAGACACCACAGGAGAAAGCUGGGACAAAUUAGUCACGGAGAGAGACUGUGAAAAAAGAAAUCCACACAAAUCAACACAGCCACACGUACAGAAAGGGAUAGUUGUGUUGGGGAGCUGGCAUCUGGAGCAGGUUCUACCCAACAUUCGGCAAGAGGUGAGGUACGCCUUGGACCUGCCACCAGUCAUAUAUACUCGCACCUAUGCCCUGACUGACGCUUAUUAGUGAUGUGAAAAGUGGCCCGAGACCAAAGGUUCAGCUGGUUCAGAGAGGACCUCCAUCUGCAAAGAGACGAGCCCUUACACCAGGCAAAAGAGCAGUGGUGGGGAAUUACGAGAAGAGGAGCCCAUCAAAUCAGAGAUGCGGAUGGCCACAGAAGACAUGAACACCAGCCAACCUGGCGCCAGGACAACUUUCACUUGCCAAUUUGUACAUAAAAAAUUUAAUGUAACCCCAUAAUCAAAUGAUUAUAGUGUUUACUUAAACACAAAUACUGCCAGAAAAGUGACAUUUCCUAUUUUCUCAUUUUUACUUAGAAAUAUCUUGUCCAUCAGUUUAAUAUUGCUCAUAUUUAAAUUUAUGGUUUGAAAAGUUAAAAAGAAACAGAAACUUUAGCCAUACUGUAACAGUACCUAAAAGAGUCACAACAAGACAAAUCUGAAGAAAACAAUAACUGUACCCCAAAGUAUAGGCAUAUGAAACAAGCCCCCCAUUUCUUUUCAAUGGCGCUAGUCUACAUGAAUAAAUGUUAGAUGGUGAGCAUCUCUGGUCAGCUUUCUCCAGUGCUUAUUGCGAUGACAUCCCAAAUGGCCCAGAGUGCAGGGCAGCUGAGACACAAGACACCCGGAGGUUUUUCAUCAGGGAUCCCAUCCACAGCCAGCUCCUUCCUCUGUUGGCUUGCCCUGCUGUCAGUGUUGAGGCUGCCAAUGGUAACAGCAGACUGUUGGCUAAUCGAAGGGGAGAAAGGCUUUGUGUGGUUGGCUAUCUGCAGCAUGAAUCAGCCUCCCUAUGAGGCCAUCCCCUCCCACAUUAACAGCACUAUUGUUGAUCUGAGGCUAAAUGAGAACAAGAUCCGAGCGGUUCAUUAUUCUUCACUCAGUCGCUUUGGCAACCUAACCUACCUGAACCUCACCAAGAACGACAUCAGCUAUGUGGAAGACGGAGCAUUCUCAGCACAAUUCAAUCUACAGGUUCUCCAGAUGGGCUUUAACAAGUUGAGGAACCUGACAGAAGGGAUGCUGCGAGGCCUGGGCAAGCUGCAGUAUCUCUACCUCCAAGCCAACCUCAUUGAGACUGUUACACCCAACACCUUCUGGGAAUGUCCCAACAUAGAGAAUAUAGACCUCUCCAUGAACAGAAUCCAGGUGUUGGAUGGCAAUUUGUUUUCUGGACUCUCCAAACUGACCACAUGUGAACUUUACACCAACCCCUUCAACUGCUCUUGUGAGCUACUGGGUUUCCUGCAGUGGCUCUCUGCCUUCCCUAACCGGACCAGUGAGAGGAUGGUGUGUGAUUCUCCUCAAGGAUUCUCUGGCUACAACCUGCUGAGUCAGAAUCCCCGCUUGCCUACCCAGCGCAAUGCUCUGCACGUGCUCAGUCUGGUAUGCACAUAUGAUGGUAGUAGCAUGACACCCUUCUAUGUCAUUGACUCUACCACCCAGUCGCCAGAUUUCGCCUCUCCCUGCGGAUUAGACGAUUGUGCCUCUGGGACCCCUCCUGAUGAAGUAAUCAGCUUGAGCCCCAUUUUCUCUGAUGCCAAACCAGUAAUGACAAUAAAACAGGUGCAACAUUCGAGUGCUGUCAUAACAGUUCAGAUUCCCCACCCGUACAAGAAAAUGUACAUCCUGAUGCUUUACAACAACAGCUUCUACACAGACAUCUGGAAUCUGAAACAUCAUAGAGAGGAUAUUGAGCUAAAGAACUUAAAACCUAAUACUGAGUACACGUACUGUGUGGCUUCCAUACGAAAUUCCCUGCGGUUCAACCAUACCUGUUUGACCAUCUCCACUGGUCGUAGAGCUGGAACUGAUAGGGCUCCAGAUCAGUCAUCAGCCACCCACUACAUUAUGACUAUUUUGGGCUGUCUGUUUGGCAUGCUGCUCUUACUCGGUCUUUUUGUCCACUGCCUAAGGCGGAAAAGAAUCAUGGAGGAGAAGGAAAGAAAGAUGAACAGGAUCCAGAGGACUCUGAUUGAGCUCAAGUAUGGAGGGGAAGGGGAUAUUGAGGGAGGGAGCGGAGGAUCUGUUUCCCAGAAGCUUGCCGCUGGGGACAGCCUGUCCAGAAUGCCCUACCUGCCCCAGAGUAGUGAGAUAGACCCAUACAAACUUCAGGAGGUGAUAGAAACACCAGGGCACAAGCCCGCUAAACUUAACUACAUGGAGGUUAGAGGCUCAGGCAUUGAAAGGGAACGAGAAAGGGAGAGAGAAAGGGAGAUGUCCCCUCAAGCAAAUCCCCAGGGUUCAGUGGCAGAGAUCUCUACCAUUGCAAAAGAAGUGGAUAAAGUCAACCAGAUCAUCAACAACUGUAUAGAUGCUCUCAAAUCUGAGUCUACCUCCUUUCAACAAGGAAUCAAAUCCCCCUCUUCUGCAGGAGGAGGAUCUGUUUCGACUGCAGAGCCACAGCUGGUGCUUUUAUCUGACCAAGGAGAAAGAGGAGAACGAGGAGGUGAGUUCCUUUCCCCAGUGUAUAAGGGAGGAAGAGGAGGAAGAGAAGAGAGGGGGAGAAGUUUCCAUCAUUCAUUGCAGCGACACCAUAGUAUGGAAGCUCCCCCAACCUCCAAAAGGCCCAGUACCUCCUCUUCUCCCGGCUCUGCCAGAAGCCCUCGCUCUUUCCGCUCGGAGGGGGGUUACCACUCAUCAGAAUCCCGCUAUAUUGAAAGAACUUCACCUGGAGAAAGAGGAGAAAGAGGAGAAAGAGGAGAAAGGGGAGAAAGAGGAGAAAGAGGAGAAAGGGGAGAAAGGGGAGGAGAUGUAAUCCGAACCGUUACACCAGCGGCAGUUAUCUUACGAGCUGAAGCCCAGAGAAUCCGUCAGUACAAUGAACACCGUCAUUCCUACCCCGGCUCUCAGCAGCAUCUCCAGGAAUUGCAACACCAUCCACAGAUCCUGCAGGAGCUCCACCAUCACCCAGGAGCCCGCAAGCCUUCUGUGUUAGACCCCAUUACUCUCAGCAGGCAGGCUAAACAGCGUGAGCUAGCCUACUCCCAACUUUCAUCACAUUACCCACUCUCACCCCAGUACCACAACCUUAGCUACUGCUCCAGUCCAGAGGAAGACGAGGAAGAAGAAGGGCUCCUAUGCACCCCAACCCUGGGGCUCUGGGAGAGGUUCAAACUACACCGUAAGAGGCAUCGGCAGGCAUCGAUGGAGGACGAGGGAUAUGUGGCAGCUGGGCAUGCGCUGAGGCGAAAGGUUCAGUUUGCCAAAGAUGAAGAUCUUCAUGACAUACUGGACUACUGGAAGGGAGUGUCUGCCCAGCAGAAGGCCUGAUUACACAUGUGGAAACCCCUCACACCCUGAACAUAGGAAAACAACACUGCAUUCAGAACAUACUAAUACAGAUAUACAGACUUUUUCAAUAAAGACCUGUAAAUACAUACAACACACAACUAGAAUGACAGACACAAAUGGCACAUACAUGUUUACACACACACUCACAUAAAAACAGGCUCAUACUUUACACAAACUUAGCCUUUUCCUCCCAGAUCAUGGAUGAGGACCAAACUAAUAUAUUAUCUUGAACUCAAAAAUUCAUAACUUAUAGAGACUGAGUUAGUUUUUGUAAUGUAAUGGAAAUCAUAGCUCAGACUUAUGUAGCUAUUUGUACUAAGUUUUGAAUGAAGAAAAAUAGAAUCAACAUUAAGAAUAGAAACCUUAAAAGUUGCUGGACAGUCCAUCCUGAACAGCUCAGAGAUGUUUUUGAUCUACCUGAGACUAACCUCUCCAAAACAGGGGUUUGAAAACAUUACAUUAUGAUGGAGAACUGCUUAGCUGGGGAGGUUAGAGUUGCAUUGCGUCCUGCGAUACAGCCACAACAGCGGCCAUUUUGAAAACUUUGCUGUGAUUUUGGAGAACAAAAACAUCCAAAUGACUAAUUCUGGAUGGGCCACCAGGCAAUAGUAAUAUUUAACUGUGCUGAGAAUGAGUAGGUAGCUCUCAACAGAGAGUGAAUAUAAUGUGCCAAAUCAACCUUGGGGAUAGUAGAGCCCUACUGUGUACCAACUUCUCCUCGCCACUGUUUUUAUAUACAGCAUUUAAAAAAACACACACAAGUAUGAUAUGUUGUUAUUACUAUUCAUUAUUCUUAUUCUCAUUACUGGUCUUAAUAUUAUUCCUAUGAUCCUCAUCAUUAAUAUUCUAUUAUUUGGAUAUGGCAUGGCUCUGUUGUGUGACUGUGUUUUUUGACUGUUUUGAAUCUCUCAGCUGAGAAGUGCACAACAACAGAGACGAACAGUACGAUGGAAGAGACAUUUGAGUCCUCCUUUUCUAACGAGAGGAAUGUGCUCUCUCUGCUGAGCCAAAAACAAACUGGCCUUUUCUCUUGUGAACCCCUAAUACACCUGCUACUCAUCCUCCUAAGAAGUGAACGAUGUACAGAUGAGAGAGAAGUUCUAUAUUUGCAACAGAGGUGACUGUUUUCUUUCUACAACAUGGUUUUGAAAUCUUUCAGACUUUUCUGAGACCAGAGUCCCAAGUUAGCUACUUACCUGCUCACUUACACUGGUACGUUUUUGAUUUUGAAAUUGAACUAAAAAUUCUAAUAAUCUUCGAAUGAAUGUCUUUAAUUCCCACAAGGGAAGCAUAACUGCACUGUUCAAAAUCAAAAAACGACUCUUAGGAAAAGACCUAAAAUUCUCAGUUUUGUUCCUGAUAUACUGUAGCUCCACUGUGUUUUAUUAACAUUUCAUUUCCUUCUCAAGUUUCUAUGCUUUUUGGGAUUCCUCUGGUUCCACUGUGGUGCCAUUGUGCCAACUUGACAAAUGACAAGUAUGUGAAAUCAUUUUAAAUACAAAUAUUUACAGACCUCUUUUCUUUCACAUCAGUACACUUCAGUUUGCCAAACCGAACAAUUUCCACAAAUUGAUCCUCCAUCAUUGGCUCACAGCUUCCCUUCUAUCCUCCAAUCAUUUCUAAGACCAAAGUACUGUGGUAGUAAAUUGACCCCUACAGCCCUCUUGCACCUGACUAAGAUCCAGCUUAGACCCACCAUCACCCUUACAGUUACCACACUAGCACAUGCAUAAACACACACACAAUCUCACACAUCCUCAUACCACCACUAACAGAUGAAUGUAUUCUUCGAGGACUUAAUUCUGUUUUACAGGUGGAUUGUGAUGUACGAGUUGGACUCAAACAGUUUCCUGUCAUUUGACAGAAAACGUACUUCAGGUUGCCACUUGUGUUUUAGAGCUGUAGAAAAGUGAGAAAUGAUUGGCUCUGCUAAAUUAACUGAAAAAUUUGAUGCUCAUGGAAGAGCAGUUUGUCAUGAAAGACCAAACUGUCACUGCAGCCAUCUGUUGAAGAAAUAGCAACGGUGUUUUAUUUGAGAAAUGUUAUGGUAAAAUGUGAUUACUGUAGUAUCGCCUGUGUGGCGAGAAGACACUAUGUGUACUAUAUCUAAAAUAUCUGCAGGAUUUUAUUAUUUGAGGCUUAAAAGAAAAGAUCAGUGCUUAUGUAAUGUAGAAUAUUCGACACUGAACUGUGUUAUAAAUUAUAUGAGAAGAUAGUAAUAUAGGGAUGGAGUCAAGAUAAUUUAAAUUAAGCAAGUUUUGUAUUUGGUAUUUACAUAAUUAACAAUAUAUAUAUUUUUUUUAUUAUUGUUGUUGUUAUUAAAAAUACACAAACUGAAUAGACAGAACCCACUUUGCUUCCUGGUUUGAAAAAAACUGACUCCAACCUUAAACAACACAGCAGAAACAACAGAGCUGGUGAACAAUGUAUUGGUAAAUGGAAAAAAAAAGACAAGAAAGAAAAGAAAAUGAAUUUUCUCUGCUAUAAUGAGUUCAGAAUGCUCAAGUCAUUAAUUCUGGUUAAAGCCAUAAUCAUGGGUUGGUAAAAUCCCCACAACUGUUUGUAGCGCCAAAAAACCACAUUAAUUUGUGUCAUUAAAAAGCUGUUUUUCUGUCCUGAUCCUGCAGCAGCUGUGACACAGCUCCUCUGCCCCUGCUGCAAACAGUCCAACUCUGAUCCCAUAAAAAACUUAUGAGCUGUGAUUGGUUCUGCAUUAUAUGCCUCAGAUUGUGGCUUUAACUAAACAGCCUUAAAACAUUAGAUUUUCUUUUAUAUUUUUAACUUUAACAUUGCUUUAAAGAUUGAAAAGAAAAAAAAAAAAAAAACAAUUUCGUAACUUAGACUUUCCUGGUUGCAAUUUUAUAAUUGCUUGAUUCUUAAGACUCACUUGAGCAUUCUUUGAGUAACAUAGUAACAUAAAUGUAGCGAUGUAUUGAAACUGUUUUGUUUUUUUUCAUUCUGUUGAUGAACAGUAACAGCCUGAGUUUUUCAUGUGUCAGAGGGUAGCAGAGCUCAUUCAGAACGAGACACCAACGAGAAGUCGGUCGAGCCAAACCUGUCAGCAGUGACCGCAAUCAGUGCUCCUAUUCUGUGAACCGUGAUGAAGAAAAACUGUGUUUUUGAGACAACAAUGAGAAAGUGGAAAUUAACUGAGGUCCUGCUGACAACGGCCAGACAUGACAAUGGAGCACGCUGCAAGGAAGCGCUCAGAGGAAGCUUGUGUUAUAUUCUUCUAGUGAAUGUCUCAGGAGUGAGAAAGCAGGAGAGAACUCGAGAGGGAGAAAACGCUCUGCCAUAGGAUCUCUCAGAGGCUUUCUUUAUUUUCUUGUUGAAAAAUGAAUAUGAGCACAAUAAAAUAGCCUUCCUUA